AUGAUAAAUAAUGAUAUCAAAUUAUUAUUAACAGAAGAUUUAUCAGCUUAUAAAAUAUCAUUAUUGAUAUUAAUUCAUUUUUAUAUAUUAAAUAAGUUGAAAUCAAGAACUUUAGUCGCGUUGGUGAAAUUAAUCGAGAAUAAAUCUAUACUACAAAAUGAGAACGGUAAUUUAAUUAUAAAUCCUACUUUACUAGACUUAUGUAAAUUCAUAAAUUAUGAUGAUCAAAUUGAAAAACAAUUACUACAAUUUAUAUGGUCAUUUAACUCAAUUGAAGAUUUAGAUAAGUUUACUCGAGAAUUAGUUAAAUAUGUUAUAGUGCCCACUGAUUCCACAAUUAAACCUUCAAAAAUUAAAUUAUUAUCAUCUAGAUCAUUAUUUGGUUCAUUUAUAUUAAAAAUUUGCACAUGUUUUGCAUGUCUUAAAUUUGAUGAAAGUAAUUUAUUAUUUAAAUCAUUUAAACAAUUUAGAGAAUCAUCUAGAGAAUUAUACAUUAAUUAUGGAGGAAUCAUUAUUGAAAAGGAAGAAGAUCCAGAUUUACAAUUGUUUAAGAAAUUAAAUUCUAAAAUUGAUGAUCUUAAUUUAUCAUACGAUACUGAAUUAAUGUCACUACCCAAGACUGAUAUUUCAGUAUUAUUAGAUAAACAAAUUGAAAUUAUGGAAAGUUUUGGAACUCCAACACCAGAGAUUAUUAAAAAUGCAAUGAUGCUAAUGUUAAACUCAGAAGUGAAUCCGAAUAUAAAUAAAAUACAAAAUAUUUCAUUUAACAACUUACCUUCAUAUUAUUAUUUAAAAUAUCUCGAAAGUUUAUCACAAUCAAAUUAUAAUGAAAGUUUUAAUUAUUUACAUCAAUAUUUUGAUUAUAUGGUCAGUUCAAAUUCAAAAUAUUUUUAUCAUUUUGCAUUAAUUUCAAAGGCUUCAUUGCAUCAAUAUUUUAAUGAAGAUAAUAAAGCAUUGGAUACAAUUGAAGAAGCAAUAUCAAUAGCAAGAGAAAAUAAAGAUAAUUCAACAUUGACAUAUAUUCUAAGUUGGUUAUUUGAUUUUAUUAAAAAUAAACCAAAUCUUUGGAAAUUACAAAAUUUUUAUAAUAGUAAUGAUUCAAAUUUAUUAGAUUUUUUAAUUAUAAAACUGAAGGAUAUUUCACUGGUAUUGUAUUCAAUGGCAUAUUAUUUUAAAACAUUACAAAUGAUUUCAAAUAAUGAAUUAAUGGAAAAUUUUAUAACCAAUUCAAUAAAUUCUUUGUUUAUAUCAAUUGGUGAUUCAAAACCUACAUUUGUAAAAUCUUGUGAAUUGACGUCAAGUGUAUAUAAUAAGACAGGAGAAUCGUAUUUAAGUGAAAUUUAUAAUGAAUUAUCCAUGGAUUUUACUGAUAGAUUAAUUGAUAAAAUAAGUUUAAAGGUUAGAUUUUUAUAUUCUCGAUUUCUACAAGGUGGUAAUGAUGAAGAAAUAUAUCAAGAGUUUCAAGUUAUUAAAGAACAAUAUAUGGAUCAUUCUUUAUAUAAUUCAGUUCAAACCAGAAGUUCAAUCAUAUUGAUACGAAUAAAUUUAAAGAAAGGUAAAUUUAGAGUAGCUAAGGAAUUAAUUGAUAUACUUUUAGAUAAUGACAAUAAAAUAAUUGAGUUAAGAAAUGAAUUAAUUUUAUUACAGAUUGAAAUCGAAAUAUGUCUUGAGAAUUAUUCAUAUGCUAUGAAAUUAAUAUCACAAAUUGAAUCAACUAAUAAUUAUCUUCAUAUUAAAUUAGAUUUAUUAAAAUGCAAGAUACUUAAUAAAUGUGGGAAACAUUAUAGAUGUUUAAGCUUAUUAUUGCAAAACAUACAAUUAUGUGACAAGGUUGGAUUUUUACCACUUUACAUUGAAGGAAUGCUAAUAUAUCUAAACAUCUUAAAUGAGUUAGAUUAUAAAGAGGAAGUGCAAAAGAUUUGUCAAACGUUAAUACCCAAGAUUUUAUCAGUUGAUAAUUUAGAAUUCAUUUCAAUUGCUUAUUUUGAAUAUUCCAAAUCAAUCGAAUCACAAGAGAAACUACAAUAUUUAUCAAUUUCAAUAAAUAAUUGUAUUAAAAAUAAUGAUUUAAUAUUUUUAAGAAAAUGCUAUAAAUACAAGUUAACAAUUAAUGAUAAUAAUGAUGAAACAAUCAAUUUAUUAUCAAAUUUAAAAGAACAAAUUAA